AAGGCGCUAAGUUGUUUACAGGGCGGAGCUAACUGUCUGUGUGCUGCUGUGUUCUCUCCCGGUGUCUGCAUUGGAUCCGGUGUCGGAAGGCGGAGAGGAGGGCGCCAUGAGCCUGGCUGUGAGGACAGACUUGGUCGUUGACAAAACCAAAAAGAAGAAGCGCAGAGAGCUGACAGAGGAGCAGAAGCAGGAAAUCAGAGAUGCCUUUGAAUUAUUUGAUACUGAUAAGGAUAAAGCAAUAGACUACCAUGAACUCAAGGUAGCAAUGAGAGCAUUGGGGUUUGAUGUUAAAAAAGCGGAUGUUCUAAAAAUUCUAAAGGAUUAUGACAAUGAAACAACAGGAAAAAUAACAUUUGAUGAUUUUAACGAAGUUGUAACAGAUUUAAUACUCGAACGUGAUCCACAAGAAGAGAUGCUAAAGGCUUUUAAGUUAUUUGAUGAUGAUGACUCAGGCAAGAUAAGCUUGCGAAAUCUCCGACGCGUAGCUCGAGAACUUGGUGAAAAUAUGACCGAUGAAGAAUUACGAGCUAUGAUUGAAGAGUUUGAUAAAGAUGGUGAUGGGGAAAUUAACCAGGAGGAAUUCAUUUCCAUAAUGACUGGAGACGUAUAGCAAGUCCGAAAGCAGAUGUUGCCGUGAUAUCAACAUGCUCUCCACGAUGUUCCUGGAAUGUGUAGUAGUGUUUUUUGUUUUGGGAUUUAUCUCCUUCAUGAAGGACCAACAUUUAAUACUAUUUAAAGUCUGUAUGUUGUAGCGUAUUAUGUUACAUUGUAAUAUUUCUCUUUUUUUUUAUUUGUAUAAUAGUUUUUUAUGCAGAUUUUGGAAAUAAAUCAUAUCAUUCUU